UUUCAUUAUUUUUCUAGACGAUGAUGGAUGGUGGAGCCGGAUGUCCUUUGUAUGGGGGGAGGGGUAGUAGGCAUCCUUGUAGGCGUGGUCUUCAGUUCCCCUUAAAAGGGACGCACAGCUCCUCCGAUGGGCAUUGCCAUCUCCUCUCGUCUGCAAACACGAUGGAAGGAAGUUUCCUAGCGCCUGCCCGCAUCUUGUCCUCCGCCACCCUGCUCCUCUGCGGUGUCAACAUCCUGAUGGCCCUCGUCACUCCGCUCUCCGCAGUCCAGGGGUACCAGUACCCGCUCCUGACGCUGGACGACGCCUUACUGGCAAGCGAACAGAACUCACUAGUCGAAGACUCGCCACUAGCUUCUCUUGCAGAACUGCUCUCCGAGGGAAACAUUCCCGUCGCUGCAGCUUUGCUUGCCUUAAAUAACAACAGAUUAUCAAGAUUCUCCUCAGAUGGCUCGAGUUUCAGUCUCCUCAAGAAACGCACUAGCCCAGGAACAAUUAACCACGGAAAAGUUGUGAGUAUUAUUUUAACAAUUUCAAAGUUUGGCUGUGCGCCAAAGAAACCUUUUAGAAUCAAAAUGUCGAAAAAUGAUUCCAUGAGAUGAAACAAUCUGUUAUUUUACUUUUACCUUCCAUUUCUGAGAAUACGUAUAAUACAUCUUUCCUAAUAGUAUUUUUACUUAUAUUCUUUAUUGUUUAGACAUUAUGCUUUAGUGUUAUGGGUAUGUGGAACAAGGCUUUUUUUUAAAAGUUUAGGAAAAGUUCAAAUUGGAAGCCACAGCUAAUUAUAUUUAUACGAUAUUGAUGUCCACAAAAGUUUGUUAUAAAUAAUGUGCUGAAGUUGCUUUGCCCACUACAUCACAUUUAUAUAAAUGUUACUUGUUGUCAUAUUAAAGAAGAGAUUAUAGCUUACACAGGCACUUAUGUCAUUUUUAGUG